CGCCGCUUCCCCCACUCAUGGAGCUAUGGUUCGCGGAGCAUAAAGACGCAGCAAUAUCCCGUAGUCUCGCUAUAGGAUCCGAACGCAGACGGAGCGGUAAUUUUCCGAAAAUAUGAGUAAAGAAAAUAUGUCAUGCCGACCAGCGUCUCUGAAGUUUACGAUUGAAAAUAUACUCAAUCUUAAACAGAGUAAGGAAUUUGACAGCCGUACUUCCGAAGGACAGAGCGCCGCACAACACAAAAAUGAUUUCCAGCCUGGACUGGAGGAAGUUCACGGGAGGCAGGACCCCGACUGCAGACUCUCAGAGAGAGAGCAAAUAAACACGAACUGUUACAAUGGGGCUGCUGAAUCCCUCACAGAGUGCAGGGAAGAUCGGCUGCACAUUGAGAAAUGUCCCGGGGCGGAGACGGACAGCUGCGACGACGGGGCGUCGCAGCACAAGGUCAGCAAGAAGAGCAAGGUGAUGGCGAAGAAGAAGACCCGCACGAUAUUCUCCAAAAGGCAGAUCUUCCAGCUGGAGUCCACCUUUGACAUGAAGCGGUAUCUCAGCAGCGCGGAGAGGGCCUGCCUGGCCAAUUCCUUACAACUUACCGAGACCCAAGUUAAGAUCUGGUUCCAGAAUCGCAGGAAUAAGCUGAAACGGCAGAUCUCAAUGGAGCUUGAGGGACCUAAUGCCGCUGACCACUUCGCCGAUGCUGGGAAGACCGGGAACAUGCCAGCAUUUUACAAAGAAAACAGCGUAUUGGGGAGAUGCCUAUUGCCCAUGCCUCUUCCCAUCGUGUAUCCGGGGAACAGCUCGCCUUACUUGUGUUUUUCAAACGCGAGUAAAUACUUCAGCCUCUUCGAAGGAGACGUAUAACUCAAACUGUGCGGCGCCCUGGAGAAUCGCUACAUUUUUACGAGUGGCUGCUCUCGGCUCUUCGUUUAGCCUAAACUUCACAGCAAGAAACGUUUUCGUCUGGUUCGUUUUAAACUUGGGAGAUACUGAGCCAAGGAAUUUGUGUAUAUAUAUAUACCUACCAUAUCGGUAGAUAAAUACGGCAAUAUUACUGUAAUAGUUUAAUAAGUUUUGAUACCUUUGAUAUAGCACUAUUCUGAACGUCUACUUUAAAAAAAAAAAACGAUGGACAAUACUUUAUUUUGUUUUACAUGGACUGUUGUCUUUAUUUAAAAAAAAAAACCAAUUACUUCAAAUGCAUCAUACUCACACUCAUUGUUUACAUCAUGUUUAUUAUUAUUAUUAUUAUUAUUAUUAUUAUUAUUAUUUUGUCCGUGUACCACCAAACACCGCCAAAGAUAGCUAGAUCUUUGCAUGCAUUUAUGUAUUUCAACACGUUACGUUCAAAGUAAAUCGGCAUAUUAUAUUUAAAAGAAUGUAUUGAAGCUUUCUUUUUUGGCUUGAGCAUGUUUUGCAAAAAGUGUAGCCUAUUUUAAAUAUACUUUUUAUUAUUUGUUUCUUGCCUCCUAUGGCCAGGUAAUACUGUUUAUUUUUCGUCUUUGAAUUGUUAUUAAAUUUUGAAUUAAAGAAACCGCAUAGUU